CUCCACUUGACUGCUGCACCCACUACAUCGCGAUGCAUUGCAUGUUAGACAAGCUGCCAUUAGAGCUCCUGGAGCUCAUCUGCGACGAGCUCGACACCCACGACCUAGCCUCAUUACUGGGAACAUGUCGCCACACAUACCACCGAACCAUCCACCGCCUCGCCCAGCGCUACUCCGAGAUCCACCUCGACUUUUCUAAAGGAAGCCUGAAUCAAAUCCACGCGAUUGCCAACAACGAAAUCAUGCGACAGCAAGUGCAGCGCUUAGUGGUAAUGGCGCCCGAGCCGUUCCUAGGGCGCAAUCUCGAGUGGCAGCGCAGCGCCGCGGGUCACAUUCUCAACCCCCUCACCAUCCCCACCAUUCGCCAAUUGCGCAAUGAUCUGGUAGAUAAGCUGAUCAACUGUCGCUCCUUCGUCAUUUCACCACUCGGCAAUCAUCCCGCGCCCGGGGAGGACAGUCUGGACGUGUCCGACGACCAACAGUUCCACCCCGAUGACGCCGCAAGCAUCCUGCUGGAAAUCAUCGCCGAUGCCGCUCUACCCGUGAAGCUGUUCUGGUAUGGACGGGGGAUGGAUUACACGGCUGAUAUCAUGAAUACUCAGAGGCUGCCGAAAACACUCUUCCUCAGUCCCAGCUUUCGCGCGGGGUGGGGCGCGCUCACGAACCUCCAUCUCGAGCAUAAACUCACCCCGUACAAUUAUUCUUUUCUUUUGAAUAUGCUUCUGCAUACGCCAAACUUAAGAAAGCUUUAUCUUAGUCUCGCGCCGAAGGAGCUGGCAAUCGAGUUCUAUGCCCAUGUCGCAAAGUCGGACGCUCUGUCGGGCGUGCUGGAAAGGGUUUCGCUCUGCUGUACCUGUAUCCGGGGGUCGGACUUGAUGCAGAUUCUUGAACGAUCGCGACAUACGCUUAGAGAAUUGAGUCUCACGGAAGUUGGGGGCCCAAGUGGGGGAUUAACCCAGCUACAUGACCAAUUGUCGGGCUUUCCAUCUCUGGCGAAGGUGGAUUGCAAUAUGUGUGCAUAGUCGGAAAUGAGAACACGAUAGGAAUCGCCGCAAAUUGCGCGUUGCACUAGUCUAUGUUACUUUUCUGGAAAUCUAUACUUAUUAUUUGAGAGGAGGAACCACUACUCGGGGCCGCCGGGAAAGGUCAAGGUCAGCAGCGGGGGGUAACUGGGGAAUGAGUAGAGG